AUGGUACAGUUACUCCUCCAGAGGGACAAAGUCAGUCGCAACAGUGCUUUAAGAGCUGCGGAAUUGAAUGGCCACGAAGCAGGAUGCCAAUUACUAUACACAAAGAUCAAGGAGGGAGACACAAACGAUUUGACUGAUGCAGUAGUUGCAGCUGCGGAAGGCGGUCACCUCAAAGCCGUCGUGACACUGCUCCAUCACGGUGCUGACGCCAUUGAGUCCAACGACGACCUCCCGGCAAUCUUCUGCGCCCUUCUCAAUGAGCAUAUGAGCAUGUUCUAUUGUCUCAUCGAUUAUGGCGCAACAGUCCCUCCGCUGUCGAUUCGCAACUCAUUUAUCGAAAGGGCGGGCAAGGAUGGGCAAUUCCAAAUGCAUGCUGAUCCACUCACAGUCGUCGACCACUUCGUCACGAAUACUUCAGAUAGCGCAAUAUCCCCCACGUGGUUCACCGACACUGUUUCCAACUCAGCCGUUUAA